CCCGGUCGCUGAUUGAGGGCCUCGUGGGUGAAUGGUCCAGUCACACGCGCCCUUAACGCAGAUCAUAUACAAAAAGAAGCUUAAGGAUGCAACAAAACGGCUCAAGACCAGCCUUCAUGAGGAAGGUCAAAACCAGCGGCACCAAUAGCUAGUAUUGGAAAUUUGUAGAUGCAUCGUGGCGCGAGCACUAACGGGAGAACAGCCCUUUUUUUUAGACGGGCCAUUCUGACCAUCAUCCAAGUCUCCACUUUCGUCGAGUAGCUCGGCCGCGAGUCUGUGAUUGGCGCUCGGCGAGGUCUCUCCCAGAACGCCCCUUAACACCACUCGUCUCCUGCCCAGAUGAUCUCGAAAUCUCUUUCCUCGUCUUUGCUUACUUUGAAGUUUUGGUUGGACUGCCUGUGUAUGCAAACCACUGCAGAUUAUGGCCGAUGGCAAGGAGGUUCUGGCCCAUGAGGCCGGUCUGGAUGCGAAUUCCCAGGAUGACCGAGAUAUGGAGCGUCUGGGGAAAGCCCAGCAGUUCAAGCGAAACUUCCGAUUUUAUUCGAUUCUUGGAUUUACGACGACGUUGAUGGCCUCGUGGGAGUCAAUUCUUCUCACGAGUACCUAUGGCCUGAUUGAUGGUGGGCGAGCCGGCAUGAUUUAUGUCUAUCUCGCGUCGUUUGUGGGAUUUUUCGCAUCUGUCAUUUCUAUGGCAGAGAUAUCCUCGAUCGCCCCAACCUCCGGAGGUCAAUAUCACUGGGUUAGCGAAUUCGCAGCUCCGCGCUGGCAAAGGUUUUUGAGCUAUCUGACCGGGUGGCUGUCCGUUCUGGGAUGGCAAGCAGCCUUUGCCAGCAUUUGCUUCCUCUGUGGAACCUUGAUUCAGGGCCUUCUCGUGUUCAACUACUCCGGCACCGAGGGGUAUAUCUAUGGCUAUGAGCGCUGGCACGGAACCCUGUUAACAAUGGCGAUCGCUGCCGUCGGCACGUUGGUCAAUACCUACGGCGCCAAGUUUUUGCCUCCAUUGGAGGGUAUCAUUCUGGGCCUCCAUAUCUUUGGCUUCGUUGCCGUCCUGGUGCCGAUGUGGGUGAUGUCGCCCGGCCAGGCCCCAUCAUCUGAAGUGUGGACUGUGUUUAAUAACGAUGGUGGCUGGACAAGCAUGGGUCUGGCGUGUCUAGUGGGCCAGCUGACUCCUAUCUUCUCGUGGACAGGGCCCGAUGCUGCAACUCAUAUGGCCGAGGAGGUCCAAAACGCAGCUUUUGUUGUUCCAUGGUGUAUGGUUUCGACUGCCUUGAUCAAUGGUGGCCUUGGAUUUGUCAUGCUUAUCACUCUUCUGUACAAUAUGGGCGAUAUUGCCGAUGUUCUCAACCCGGCGAGCGGCUUUUCGUUCAUCCCAGCCGUCCACCAUGCGACAGGCUCUGUAGCCGCUACCAAUGGGGUGGCUGCGAUCAUUCUGGUUAUGGAGGUUUGCAGUGCGAUCGGUAUCCUUGCGACUGCCUCCCGACAGACCUUUGCUUUCGCUCGUGACAACGCCCUCCCCUUCUCUCGUUCUUUAGCCCACGUCAACCGUCGUACUCAAAUUCCCGUCACAUCCGUGCUUGUUUCGACUAUUAUCACCCUGCUGCUAAGCUUGAUCAACAUCGGCUCUACAGCUGCCUUCAACGCGAUCGCCUCGGUCAUGAUUGCUGCACUAUUCACCACGUAUAUUUUGUCGAUUGGUGCAUUCAUUCGAGCUCGUUUCCAGCCUGGUGGAAUCCCCCCUUCUCGAUUCUCCCUCGGAGCGCUGGGAUUGCCUAUCAAUGUUUUCUCUGUGGCGUAUCUCUGCUUCGCUAUCAUCUUCACCUUCUUCCCGACUGCCGCGAACCCUACCACCGUGGACAUGAAUUGGUCGAUUCUAGUCUUUGGAGUGGUGGUCAUUUUCGCUAUCUUCCAGUACCUUGCCCACGGCCGCCUUGUCUAUCAGGCUCCGGUAACUCAGGUUCGGAAAACGGAAUAGAACUCAAUGCAGUCACCAUUAAGAGCCGAGGUUUCUGGAAUUUUGGUGAUAAUUCGAGUCCGAACACAAUAUAUAAUAAACUCUUUGUCUUGGGCAGGCCCCUCAUUUUCUUCACCAACAAGAUGUCACUUAAUUGAUUCUUUCGAUAUACCCACUCUACAAUUGCGCACUGAAGUUGAAAAGAUGCAUAAUUUCGAAAAAAAAAAUGAAUUUCACAAGCUAGAUUUGCUGUGCAACAAUCGCGCAAUGCUUUCUCUAGUUAAGAUAAUUUGUUGCCAAGCUCAGAAUAUCAUCCAACCCAUCCGCAUAGUCAAUACCCAACGGCAUCAUUAGAUCAACACUGGGCAUAAUUCCCGAGAUAUCUUUCGAUACUCCAGGCCAACCACUUUGCCCUGUAGUUCUUGGAAGAAAUGACCGACCAAGGGCUGGUCGGCAGUGCCCGGCAAUGCGCGCUCGAUUUUGUCGAUAAAAAGUCUGGAUAAUGGCUGCAAUGUCCAAGCCAGUUUCUCUGGGUGUGCUGUCUUGUAUGAACGGUGAUUCUGGUGGUUCACCCACUACUCUCCUCUCUCGAUGUUGAUUCUGUUCAGCUUCGAGCAUUGCCCGAAGAAGCGAUACACCUCGUCGAGCGAUCAUAUCGGUAUCACAAUGAGAUAGAAUUUCAAUCCCGUCUUCAAUAAGCUGCCGAUGCUCGGAGGCUUGACGAUCUUGGCGAGGCUGAUGGAACAUAUCUAGACACAAGAUGAUCUUCAAAUA